CAUCUUUUGGCUUAGGGUGCGGGGGCUGGUCCAACAGCUCUAAUAAGGUUCAUAAUAUUUUAGACCAUCCUGUCCCUUGUUCUGUGGGUUGAAUCUAGGAAUUGACUUGUUGAAAUUAUGGUCGCCGAAGCUACCACCUAGAUCUUGUUCUCUGCGAAGACCAAUAUUAUCUGUGCGUCAGAGCUUAAUCGUAGGACAGUGUAUUAGCGGCUAUCCAUUUUGGUGGUCUGAUCAAAGAUCGCGUGAAACUAUAGUUGUCAUCAUGUAUCUUGAAAGUAACGAUUCAGCAAUCACAAACAGCAACAAUCCGAAGACAAUGGCCAAAGCAAGCAUCGGUGUCAAGGAUAUGGACAAGUUACGGAGGCCAUCUUCAGCUACUGGCAAUGUUCCAGCUGGGGUUGCUCAGGCUAAAGCUGCGAAGCUUCUCCUGGAGAAGAAGGGUAAAUAUGUGAUAUGGCUAGGCAUUGCUUUGAUAAUGAUUAUGUAUGAACUUGACAACACGACUGUUUAUGUGUACCAGAACUACGCACCUAGCGAGUUCAAUGCAUUAUCACAAAAGGCCACUCUGAGUACAGCAGGGGUCAUAGUUGCUGCUGUGGCGAAGCCUCCCGUAGCGAAGAUAUCAGAUGUAAUUGGUCGAGCGCAGACGUAUUGUAUCACCAUCAGCUGCUACAUCCUGGGCUACAUCCUUUGUUCUGCAUCUCGAAACUUUGGCACAUAUGCUGGAGGCAUCAUCUUCUACGCAAUCGGCCAGACAGGCACCAACGUCCUCAAUGACAUCGUCCUCUCUGACCUUUCGAGCACGCGGUGGCGGUCUUUCGCCCUCUCCAUCUCUUUCUUCCCCUUUCUUGUCAUCCCUUUCGUCGCUGGCCUGAUUUGCGACUCCGUCGUCCAUGCUAUCGGCUGGCGCUGGGGCAUUGGCAUGUACGGCUUCUUAAUGCCUGCAGCAGCAAGUUUGCUGGUCAUCAGUUUGUUCGUCUACCAGACACGGGCUCGCAAGUCUGAGGUCGUCUUGACACAGAAGAUUGGAUUCAUGAAGUUCUUCAGCCUGAUUGAUGCAGGUGGUUUGCUGUUGCUUUGCGUCGGCUUUGCAUUGCUCUUUCUGCCAAUCUCUCUCACGAGCACGAGUCCGGAUAAUUGGGGCACGCCCUGGAUCCCGGCGCUGAUGGCUGUUGGGGCAAUACUACUAGUCGGACUGAUGCUGUAUGAGCAUUACGUCGCCACGCAUCCCGUCUUGCCGCCGAGGUAUCUCAGAAACGCAACCAUCGUAAUCGCGGCAGCGACCAUAUUCCUGGACACGCUAGCAUUUCAGUGUACUCAUGUUUAUCUAUACUCCUGGGCGACCAUAUCACGAGGUUACAAAAUCACCACUUCGACGUACUUCCUCUACUUGAACGGCACGGUCCAGGUGUUCAUCGCCCUUAUCGCCGGCCUCGUCAUUGCACGUACAAGGCGGUUCAAAUGGCUGUUGUUUUCCUCCACUGUAAUUCGUCUAAUCGGAUACGGCCUCAUGGUACGCCUCCGGGGAUCCAGCAACUCCGAUGCAGAAGUGUGGCUUGUGCAGUGCGUGCAAGGUAUCGGCAGUGGUGUGAUUCAGAUCGUGUGCAUCACUGCGGCGCAAAUCAUGGUCCCGCAUGCCGAGCUGGCACAAAUCACAGCCGUCAUUCUCCUCUGUUCGUUCCUAGGCGGGGGUGUCGGGAGUGCGAUUGCGGGCGGCAUAUAUACGAGUACCUUUGAAAGUAGGUUGAGGACGCAUCUGGGCACGGGGGCGAGUGAGGAGACAGUGAGGGCGGUCUUUGAGAGUAUCACAACUGCAUUGUUGCCGGCAUGGGGGACCGUGGAGAGAGCGGCAGUGAAUGCUGCGUAUUCUGAUGUGAUACGGAGUAUAACGCUGGCGGCGCUGGGGUGCUCAGCGCCGACUGUGCUUUUGACGUUGCUGAUGAAGGAUCACAAGUUAAAGGACGAACAAACACUGGCUCCUGAUGAAGUUGCUGCCAAGACGCCUGAAUCAAAGCCGGAUGAAGAACGCAAUGAUGUGUAGAGA